AUGUAUAUCAGCGAGUUGUACGUCUACCCCAUUAAAUCACUGCAGCCCACGAAACUCAAAGAGGCUACCGUCACUCGUCAUGGCGUCCUUUACGAUAGAUGCUUCAUGCUCCUGAAAGUCGAGACGAGAAAUGAAAACGACGACCAGGACAGCGGCAUCGAAACAGAGAAGAACGAUGCAUCUAAGCCGACCUUGAGAAACAUGCAUGUCCCAUAUUUCCCGCAAAUGUCGUUGUUCCUAACGGAUCUCGUUCUACCUCACGAUGACGAUGAGCAGCAGCAGCAUGAAAAGAAGAUUAUCGUCACAUAUCAGGAACCACCUGUAUCCGAGAACAAGCCUAGGAGAACAAUAGAAGUACCACUGGAACCGGACGUGGAUGGAUUAGAGAUAAUCCCCGUGAUGAUGCAUCAAAGUCCCACGGUGGGCUACGUCAUGGACAAGAAAUACAACGACUGGUUCAGUGAAUGCUUUGGGUUCCCCGUUGUCUUGGCCUAUACGGGCUUGAAUCGGAGGAAGGUUUUGGGGUCGAUGAAUCCGAAUAUUGCCCGCCAGGCUGGCCAGACAGGAGGGUGGCUGUCUACGCUGACGAGUUAUGUGCCACUUCUCGGGGGCGCGGGCGCUACACAUGAGCAAGACGAGGAGAUUCUCACCUUCGCCGACUGCGCAUCGUACAUGGUCGUGAAUGAAGAGUCGGUCAAGAAUGUAGCUGGUCGAUUCCAGUCAGGCAAAGGGAAAGUGGAAGUUACGAGGUUUCGACCUAAUGUAGUCAUCGGUGGUGCUGAGAGCGCAUGGGAAGAGGACUUUUGGUCAGAACUGAGUCUGGCUACAGCCGACGACAACGAUGAUGAUGUACAGCUUAUACUGACAUCGAACUGCAUUCGGUGUCGCUCGUUGGACGUUGACUUUGAGAUGGGUGAUUUCCAUAAGACGGACGAUGGGAUUAUCUACAAGAAAUUGAACAAGGAUAGACGCGUUGAUAAGGGCGCCAAGUAUAAGCCUGUCUUUGGUCGGUAUGGGUUCUUGAAGGAGGAUGUGGUGGCUAGAAUACAAGUUGGGGAUGCUGUGACUGUGUCGAAGCGAGCCGUGGAGCGGACAGUUUUUGAUUGGCCGGGUUUAUGA